AUGAAUGGGAGCCAUGCACGUGGGGAGAAGAACAAGGACGGCCAGGAGAGUAUUGAGGAAGGCAAUAAAGAGGAUGAGAAUGAUCAGAAGCAGGGGCAGCAGGGGCAGGGGCAAGGGCAGGGGAAGAGAAUGGGCCAGGGCGAGGGCGAGGGGGAGCGGGCGGGGGAGGGGGAGGGGGAGGCCGGUGAGGACGAGGGGAGUGGUGAUGAGGAGGAUGACUGGGAAGCAGCAGCAGAUGCUAUCUGCUCAGAGAGCAUAGACUUCUGCAACGGGACAAAAAUCACUGGUGGGGGGUUGAGACCAGAGUAUACAUACAAUGCGGCAGGCAUGGGGGGAAGGGGGCAGUUGCGCUGCCCUGCUGCUGCCUCUGCCGCCGCUGCUGCUGCCACUAGUGGCGAUCGUGGCUGGCGCACGGACGAGUGUGGUUUUGCUGAUCUGAGGCGCCUCAAAAGCUCCUCUGUAUCUACCACCGCCGCCGGUACCACCACUGCCGCUGCUGCUGCUGUGUCAUCUGCUUCUUCAGCGUCUGCUGCUGCUGCUGCUGCUGCUGCUGCUGGUAGUGGUGGUGCUACCGGUGCUGCUGCUAGUGAGCGAGCGUGGCGACCAGACGAUUCCUCUCGGCCGCCUUCCCUGCCUCCCCCGGUUGCUCUACUCUCCUCCUCUUCCUCCUCCUCUUCAUCCUCCCCGUCCUCCUCGUCUCCCUCCUCUUCCUCCUUCUCUUUCUCAUCCCUCAACUAUCAAAAUCAUUACCAGCAGCAGCAGCAGGAGUUUGCACGUGCGCCCAACCCAGCAGCAGCGGCAGCGGCAGCAACGCAGCUGUGUCCGAUCUGUGCAGAGGAGCUCGAUAACACCGACUCUUCCUUCCUCCCCUGCUCGUGUGGGUUCCGCCUUUGUCUCUUCUGCCACCACCGCAUCGCAUCAGACGACGGACGCUGCCCGGGCUGCCGCCAGGCCUACAGCCCCGAGGUAGCUGCCAAGCUCUCCCGCCCGCCGAACCUCAAGCUGCGGUCGUAG